CGCAUACGGCACAAGCCCACCACAAGAGCCCUCCAAAAAAGAUCCACCCGGAAACUCCCAGCCGUCGCGGCCCUCCUGCCGCCGCCGCAGAAGGGUUUCCCGGCCCCAGACCAGACACCACCCCGGCGGGCGGGCGAUGGACACCGACCUCGGCGGCGCGUCGGCCGCGGGCAUGGACGAGGCGGAGGCGGCCUUCUUCGCGCGGCGCGGCCGCCGGUGCUGCUGCUUCCCCUGGCCCGCCUCCUCCGCCGCCUCCCACCAGCGGGUGGGCGCGGCGGCGGGGCUGGCGGAGGAGGAGAGCUGGUGGCAGCGCGCGGCGGACGCGGUCCUCAAGGUGCGGGAGUGGUCAGAGCUGGUGGCCGGGCCGCGCUGGAAGACCUUCAUCCGGCGGUUCGGCCGCACCGGGCCGCCCACGCGGCCGCACCACCACUUCGGCGGCCGCAAGCUCAACUACGACGCCCUCAGCUACGCGCUCAACUUCGACGAGGGCCACGGCGCCAGCCCCGAGGGCGACUACACCGGCUACCGCGACUUCUCCGCGCGCUUCGUCGGCCCGCCGGCCUCCGCCAAGUCCUCCAUGGACCUCGGCGGCCGCGACGCGCCGCCGCUCUUCAACCCGCCGCCCCAGCCGCCCCACGACGGAGCCGGACGGGCCUGACCGCUCCGUGGGCCUCCAAGAGACCACCCCGCCGAUCGGUCGCCGGAUCGGAGGAGACGAGGAACGCUGAUUGAUCGGUCAAAGGACGUCGGAACCAGAAAAGAUGGUGCCCUUUUUCAUCCUGGACAGAUUCGAUUCCCCGGCCGUGUUGGUGGCAUGGACAGAUUCAUCGCUGCUUCGAUUCGCUCAUCCUCUUCCUCCGUCCCGUCGAUCGGUUGGUUGGCCACUGUGUAAAGAAGAGAUUGUUACCGCAUUCGUUGUCAUCUUACAUUCUUACUGCUGCUGUAAUGGAUUCGUUCGUCCUGUCCCAGUUUUGCCCCGAUUGAAAUGAACGCCACACCAUGAGUUUUGAUUGA